AUGAUUACCAUCGACUUGCAAUCCCCCCGGUUGACCGCCGAGGAGUUGCGCAACAACCAAUUGAACCUCCAUGAAAUCGCCAAACGGGUCUACAAAAGCAAGAAGACGACCGUGCUCACGGGGGCCGGUAUUCUGUGUAAUGCCGGCAUCCCGGAUUUCCGUUCCCUGGAAGGGCUUUACAACUUAGUCAAAGCUAAGUUCCCCAACACCAAGCUGGUGGUGAAAGGACAAGAUUUAUUCGACAUCUCUCUUUUCCGCGACGAGACGCUGCUCCAGUUGUUUUGUACAUUUAUGGCACUGUUAUAUGCGCUGAGUCGCGAUGCCAAGCCGACGGAAACCCACAAGUUUAUCAAAGUGCUCAAAGAACGGAGCAAGUUGUUACGCUGCUACACCCAAAAUAUCGACUGCCUUGAGCAGCAGAUUAAUUUAAACAUGGGCAUCAACCUCGAAGAUUUCGACGCCGCUCGCACAUUCAACCAAUCAUGGCGUCUGCUUGACGUAGUCCAGCUUCAUGGUAAUUUACACAAAUUGGCGUGCACUCUGUGCUUUGAAGCCUACGACUGGACCGAAGAAUACCACCAACUCCUUGCUGGUGGUGUCAACCCUGAGUGCGCUAAGUGCCACGCCAAAUACAUUGAGCGGUUAUACGCCGGCAAGCGUAUUACUGGUGGUACCAUUGGUCGGUUGCGGCCUAAUAUCGUUCUUUAUGGUGAGAAUCACCCUCAAGCAGAGAUCCUCGCCCAAGGUCUCAACACCGACCUUAAACUGCGUCCUGACAUGCUCAUUAUCAUGGGAACGUCGCUUAAAGUUGAUGGCGUUAAAAAGUUGGUUCGCCUGGUGGCGCUGGCGGUUCACCUGAAGGGCGGCAAGGUCAUUUUCGUCAACAAAACCCCGUUGCUGAAACUGAUCUGGCAAGAUCACAUUGACUACGAGGUGUUGUGUGACUGUGACCAUUUCAUUAAAAUUCUUAAAGCCGAGAUCCCUGAUUUGUUCUUAACUCAAGAACAAUUAGAUUCAAAGCGUCUCAAGAUGAAUCAAGAAAAGGAAGCUCGGGCGCAAAUCAAACGGGAGAAGCAAGCGAAAAAGGAAGCUGAUGCUGCCGCCGCUGCUGCUCUUGCCGCUUCCACCGCGCCGGUGCCGUUGCUUGCCCCUCACCCUCAAAUCAAAACGGAGCCCACCGAUUCGUUUAUAAUAAAAACCGAAGUUAACGAUUCCUUUGACGGCGCCGAAUUUUUUACCCCGCCAACGACACCGUCAAAGAAGCGCCCGGCUCCAAAACUCAUCAGGCGACAAGCGUCUCCCUCAAAAAGGGCCCGUUCGCUGGUGCCCACCCCUGAACCCAGCUUCACCGCUGAAGGUACCCCCGCAUUGCUGUUAUCGAACAGUCCCGUUUCCCUCUAA